AUGCCUUCAUCCCCCGCUAAAAUCAAUACGGCUCCCCAGCAACCGUCUACAGUACCCCGUGAUCUUAUAAAGCGGAUGGUCAAGCUAUCACUGACAAAACAGAAGAAAUUGAGCGAGUCGAAGACGUCACGUCUUCUAAACUACACUCUGAAUAAGAACCACUGCUCAAGGAUAAGAAAGAAGGUGGAGAAUUGGCGGAAGGCCCUGAAGGCGUCAGCGGCUCCAAGGAAUUCAGAAGUCGUCAAGCCAGCUAAGAAGCUUCAACCGAUCCCUCCAGUCAUGCCAAAUCCCAUCCCAGUGCCUAGAGUCAUGCCAAACCCUAUCCCUUCCCGUUCCCGCCGCCCCACUUGGUUAUCCCCACUCUGUCAAAUUUCUAAUUGUCCUAUUUGGUUUGCUUCACCGUCCAAGUUCCCGCCAGGAUAUAUUGUGCUUCCUAACCCAAUCAGAUGGCGAUAA